AUGAAUUAUCAUCAAUACGUAGCCCUUUGCUUGGUGGGGCUUGUCCUCGGGCAAGCAGCGAGCCUGCCGCAGCAUCCUCAGUAUCCGCAACAGUAUCAGCCCCAGGUAAGGGACGAGAGGAAGUUCGCUGAGAAGCCGAACGCCAUGAAGAAGGUCGCCCUCGACGAUCUGGACGACAUCAGCACCAAUCAAAUUCAGGAGGGUGGCAGUACCGGGUUCUCGUGGUCGAACAUGCUGAGCAUGUUGAUGCAAAUGCUUCUGGGACAAACGGGUGGCAUCACGGGACCGAGCAAGAACGAGAUCGACGACGGUGCACCGGCCAGCCCUUGGUCGAACCUCCUGUCCGUCGGGCUCAGGGUGCUCACCGCAAUCUUGGGUGGUCCUCAGCAGUCCGUCGACGGCAUCGACAAAGUCGACAAUCAGAGCAGCCCCAUGCAGGGCAUUUUGACCGCGGUGCUGGGCGCGUUUCUAGGACAGGGCAGAGACCCCGAUCAGGUUGCUGUUAUGGCUAAAAACGCUUCCGAGUUCAUUAGCAUAGUGAUCAAUCUCCUGGAUGCGUUGAAGACCUCGUUCUCCCAUCGCUCGAUGACGGCCAGAUCUAUGGGAAGACGAGACACGGUCUCAGAGGCCGCUGUCGCGUCCAUCUCGAUGCUCAAGGGUUACAUGAGAUCCGUGAAAACGUUUAACAACGUGGGACGCGCCGAAGACGAAGGACAGCGAGGUUGCGCCGAGAGAGCUCUUUGCGAGGCGAGCCGCGAAUGCGUGGCAGAUGCUCAGGGCACUUCUUCCAUUUUCUGUCAACUGGGAUCGUACGCGACGAGCUAUCUCCUCCAGAGGCAAAGCGGGAUAGGUUUCGAAGCGUUGUACGAAGCCGGCCGACGCGGUCGCACCGGCGAGGACUGUAGAACCCUCUUCAUGGACUGCAACGCCGUAUGAGAAGCUGCAUGGACCCAUUCGAGUACGAUUUACACGCUGCGGGACGCGAUCAAUCGCCGAGUUAAAAAUUAAUUAGAACGUGUCAAACAAAUUCAUUGUUGGAGAAACGUUCCACUCAUUGUGGAACGAACCCGAGUUCCGUCGCGUCCCGAGGUUUAGAUCGUAUACGAAAACGACUAGCUUUACGCGCGGAAACCGUGUCGAGGCGAACCACGUUCCGGUGAUCCUACUCUCGAGUCUCUCGAUCGACGAACUCCCCUUCAUCGAUCAAACACGAAUCGGUUUUCAUUCAAUUAAUUGUUAAGCGCGAACAAAUU